AGGUUGAGGAAUACCGAAAAUGCAACAGUCAUAUCUAUUUUAGGAAGUCUAUCACAUAUCUUAGAUUACACGUGUAUAGGAUUUGGGAAAUACCACAAUUCGGAGUGGAAAAACCGAUCCGUUUACUAUAAAAAUGUUUUAUAUUCGCUUUAAUGCAUAGUUGUUGGCACUGAGGAGAGUUCGAACACAAUGUAUCUGAAACCAUCAGAAAUAUUCUUCUCGCAAGAUUCAAUUAAUAAUGUAUUCGAUAAAAAUUGUGGACAUAGAUAUCAGCCGAUAGGCGAAACACUUGAUGCACUGUGCAAUGGAAGGUGCUCUGUAGGUAGCAUACCAACUAUAUCUGUUGUAAAGCAUAACAAUAAAUGGUUCACAGCAGAUAAUAGGCGGCUUUGGGUUUUCCGGAACCUGGAGAGACUGGGAAAGUGUGACAAAAUAUAUGUUAGUGAGGGGUUUUAUAUUCCUCCAUCCAAGUUUACCACAUAUAAUGGAGGCGAAUCGGUUUAUGUACGCAAUGGCUCCCCAGGAGGAUUUUGGCAUCGAAAACCAAGUGUGAAAAAGCCAACGCCUACUCCUACUAUAACAAUUAACAAAAUACCAGUAUCUGUCAAGGAUAAUAAUAAGGAAAAUGUUGCAAAGGUAUAUAACAUUGAUGACAACACAACCGAUUCAUCAGGAAGGCGCCCAUUUCAGGAAAUGGGAAAUUUUGUUUCUAACUGUAGCGUGAUAGAUGAAACUAUCAGUUCACUCUCCAAACCGGGCGGCGAUACAGAUACAGUGUCCACAAGUUGUUCCUUGGGGCAAAGUAAAUAUCUAACAUCCUCUGGGAAUUCGGAUAAGUCAUCACCCCAAGAAAAGCAAACGGUUCGGGAAGUGAGUUCAAAAGUUAAUGUUUUAGAUGAAACCGCUAUAGAAUUAGACAUUCCACCUUGUCAGAAUGUUGUUGACGAAGACAAUAACAAUAAUUUUACUGUUGCAGCAAACCCGAAAACGACACAGACUGAUACUUCUAAGAAAUGUAAAAUACGAUGUAUCGUUAUAACCGCCAUAAUGGUUGUUCUACUUUUAGUGUUAAUUUCAGUUCUUGUUGCUAUAUAUACUUAAACUAUUGUUUUUAUUCCCAUUCAGUAAACAAUGCAGGUUUUCAUUUUAAUUCUAUUAAGUAAAUACAGUGAUCAGGUUUUUGGAUUUCGAAUUGUAUCGUCUAUAAGGUUGAAUGAAAUGAAGUAUCGGGUGAUUUGGUUCAAUAGUCCUUCUUCACUGCCAAUGUACUUUAAUCUACAUUCAUGAAUAACGCAAUAGAUAUUCACAUUCGCCUAAGAUAUCUAUAUGUAAAUUAAAAGUGUUAGAACACAAUUAUGUUUGUAAAAUGGUAAAAAUGCAAUUCCUCAUUUAAAUAGGAUGUCUGCAGCGACCUUGCGGGUGCAAUGUCUUUUUCUAUCUUAUGAGUUAUAAGACUAAAAAUAGCAUAAAUAACCAUUUUAUUUUUAGAUGUAGUGGAAAAUACUCUAUAAAUAACUCGAAAUGAAUUUUCCGAAAAUAUAAAUUUACAUGCACUUUAGUAAGGUAACGACUUAAGCUAAAUAUAGCUUUACCUGUCUAAGCUAAUAUUACGUAAUUGCAAUUUGUGAAGACUAUGUAGACACCGUGAGGUUUAAUAUAGCUCAUUUAUGCAUUUAUGAUGUUAUAAAAUGCACGUAGACGUUUUUUUUGUAAAUAAUAUUACAUAAGUGAUUCAACUUAAUUGAUUUAUUAAAUGAGUAAAGUGAUUUAACUGAAAUUAUUUUUUUUUGUGUCAGCUAAUUAUAUUUGAUUUUAAGUAACAAACUUUGUUGAGUUUUCAUUCCAUACCUCAUGUUUUUAUACCGAUGUAAAUGAGAUGUGGAACCAAAAUCUGUAGUCCUGUUUGGCACCAUAUAACCUAUACUGUGUUGGUGCGCCGUAAAACCCAAAUAAAUAAAUAAAUUGUUGAGUUUUCAUAUGAUAAUUAAUGUACGAAAACACAUUUCUUUUAGAUUUACUAAGUAACACGUCGUCCAAAUGGCCAGCUAAGGAAGCAGUUCAUCGAACUUUGUAUAUGCUUUAAUUGACAUUUUCUUGUUUUGUUGACAUGUAUAUGUUUUUCAGCAAAUCACCAUUUAUUAAACCAUAGUGACUGUGAUAUAUUUCAUUUCAAUUAUUGUUUUGAAUUUAUAUCUAUCAUGCUGAAAAAUAAAUUAUGAUUGUAAAAUAA